AAACAAAAUGGACUCCCUCACUCCUAUUUUACUACUCGUCAUUCCUUUAAGUGUGAUAUGCUGGGUUUCUAACAUCGCUUUUAGGAGCUACUACCUAAAUUUCGAUACAACAGAAGCCCCAGGACCCUGGAGAUGGAUAGCCUCGAGUCUUCUGCCAUUGAUCUUGGCUGGGUGGGGACUACGAAGGAAAAGCUUAAGUCUUUCAGGGGCUGUAGCAGCCUCAGUGGUAGGGUUUCUCAUGACAAUAAGCAGUUUGUGUUUCUCUGCCUCUAUCAUCGCCUUCUUCCUCACAUCCUCAAAGGCCACAAAAUUCCGAAGUCGUCAAAAGCAAAAAUUAGAAGAGGAUUUUAAGGAAGGUGGGCAGAGGAACUGGAUCCAGGUGUUCUGUAAUGGCAGCGCUCCUGCUACCUUUGCCCUGGUGUAUGUGAUAGAUGUGGGCAGUGUGGAGACAGUUGUGGAUUUUCGCGCCCACUAUGUGGCCUCAUGGCUGUCCAUGUCAGUAUUGGGGGCUGUAGCGUGCUGUAACGGAGACACAUGGGCGUCUGAGAUCGGCACUGUGCUCGGGGGAGGGUCACCGCGGCUCAUCACAACACUUAGCAAAGUCCCUAAAGGCACUAAUGGUGGUGUGACAUUAGUUGGACUCCUCAGUAGUCUGUUGGGAGGGUUAGUGGUGGGCGUGACCUAUUAUAUUACCCUCCUCCUUUGCACAAAGUCCAAUCAUCUCUCAGACAGCCCUUCUCAGUGGCCAAUCAUCUUGGUGGGCGGGGCCAGUGGUUUCCUAGGCUCCGUGAUUGACUCAUUCCUUGGUGCUACAUUGCAGUAUUCAGGUUAUUCCGAAAAGAGGAAGUGUAUUACGGAACAUCCUGGUGAAGACGUUCAUGACAUCAGUGGAGUGAGGUUUCUGGACAACCACAGUGUGAACCUGGUCUCCUCAGUCCUCACAGCUCUGCUCACACCGCACAUGGCUUUCUGGAUCUGGGCUAACCUCCAUCUUGUCACAGGAACAACAGGGGUAGGGACAGUCUGACAGUGUGAUAACUUGGGGGGUGAGAGGCGGGUGGAAGGGUGAGCAGGAUCAUCAAUUGGAAGUAUGUAGAUGGCUAUGAUUGUCAUGUGAUCUUUUGCCAAGCUUUAUUAUAGUGACUGACUUGGCAGAGA